UCGAUCGUUCCCUGCAUCCUUUCAAUGGUACGGUCCGUUGCCUAGGUGCUAGUAGAAGCCAAUUCGCUCCGCCACGCCUGUCCUCGGCGCUUUGCUCUCUAUAUUGCCUUUACCUUUUUUGAAAGGGGGACUCAAGGACAAGAGACGUUUCCAUGGAUCAAGUGCAACAACAGUGGGGGGUGAUGAAGUAUGAGGAUCUGCUCAUCUGUGCCACACCAUUGCAGAAUUGAGUCGCUCUCUGUGCAGUACCAUGUAGUUUAAAAUUGUGCUUUUGGAUCAUCAAUUUCACCACUGAGGAAAAAGUUCAUCAUUUCACAGAUGCAGCUUCAGCGAACUUAAUGUUUGACCAUGGAUGAGGAGGUGCCGACAGAGCUGGACCAGAUUUCCUCGCGGCUGCAGGAGGAUGGCUUGCCUCCGGGGGCCAGUGUCGAGGAGCGGCAGAGCCACCUAUGGCGGCUGCUGCUUGAAAGUGAGGCAAAGCUUCGGUCAUCCAACAAGGAGCUGCAGACCAUACGCACCCAGCAGGCCAAUGAGAUGGAGGAGGUGGAGAGCUAUGUUGCACAUAUUCGUGGGCUGCUGGAAGAGCGCGAGGGACUCACUGCAGAAUAUGAGAGAGACAAUGAACACUUGCGACAUGAGCUUCACCUUAUCAGACAACAACAAGAGAGUCAGAGCAAGGAGCUUGCAGAGAUGUUGGUUCAGGAGGACCUCGGGGAGAUGGGCUUGAGUAGCCCCAGUGAGCAGGUGGCUUACCUGCUGGUGGAGAGGGCCACACUGCUGGAAAGGCUAGAGGCUGCUGAGAGGAGACUGGAAAGUCAGAACCUCACUGACAUAUCGAAGGAAGCCCAACAGCAGGAGCAUAUUUGCCUCACGCUGGGGGAGGAGCUAACACAGCAGAGGGAGGAUAUGCAGAAAACCAUAGAUAACGUGACAAAGUGUUCAUCCCAGAGUCCACUGAAGAAGCUGUUUGGGCUGCGCAGGUCUGGUCAGAGCAAACACAAUAUUACCCCUGCCCACAGUGAGGAGAUUUCACGCGAGCGAAAUGAGCGCCAAAGGCUGGAGCGGGACCUGGAUGAGGCGUCUAGGAGGCUGUCAAUGGCUCACCAGGAUAUCCGCAGACUCACCAAUGAGCUGGAUGCUGCCAAGAACAACAACCUAGACCCAAGUGGGUUUGAGCUUCAGGGAACGCUCCAGGAAGUAGAGAACCUGAGGAAGGAAGUGGAGAAACUGAAACGCUGUGAUAUGAUGAAGCUGCAGCAAGCCAAAGAGCAAAAUGACAGACUAGAUGUUGAGAACAGAGCUCUGAGGGAGAGAGUCCGCACUUUAGAGUCUGAGAAGAACAAUCUCUUGGACCAGUCGGCAGAUCAAGAUGUUGUUGCCAAAGAGGAUCAAAAAGACCAGAGCAUCAGCAGUGAUCCACCAAACAGUCAGUUUGGCAGUGAAAAGGAUUACAUUCACAAACGGUGUCGUGAGGCGAUGGAAGAUGGUCUUGUACAGGUAAGGGAGCUGCAACGACAACUCCAGAGGCGACGCAAGGAACAGGAAGAGCUGGAGGAGAGGAAUGAGGAGCUGGAGGCACUGCUGGGGGAGGCUCAGAAUGCCAGCAAGGAGGAGAGGCACCGCCACGAGGGAGAACUGGAGGGACUUCACAGAAGAAUCAAAGGCUUGGAGGCAGAGCUAAAGAAGCAGGAUGCCCAAGAGAAAGUGCUAAAGAAUGGAGAAGACGUCAAAUCCACUGAGUCCUACUUACAGCUGAACCUGAGGGACAGCAGCCAGGAGAGGUUGGCUCUGCUAGAGGCUCGUCUGACUGAGGAGAAGGACUGGAGGAAACAGCUGGAGGUAGACCUCAGUGCUGCCCAGGCUGCCCUCAAAAAGGACAAAGAGGCUUUGCAGAUAGGUGAAAGAGAGCUGAAGAAGCUGAGACUUGAGGUCAACAGUCUUCAGACAGAAUGCCAACAAGGGAAAACACUCAUCAAGAGCCUCACCCAAGUCAAAGGGGAGAAAGCAGUUCUGGAGGAAAAGAUGGCCCAGAUGGAGCGUGCUCACAGCCGCCUCCAGAGCGAGCUGGAGCGCUUCAAGGAUGGUAACCGGACCCAGGAAGACCUCAGGGAGAACAGGCUUCAGGUGGACCAGCUGCAGGUGCAGGCUGACGGCCUAAAGGCUGAACUCAACAGCCUCCAGACAGCACAUGACGCCUUGAGGUCUGAGAUGGAUUCUGAGCGGCGGCAGACUGCUGAGCUCCGGAACCUGCUGAGCUCCAGCGUCCAGGAGAAGCUGACAGCUGAGGGGGAAAGAGAGAGACUGGAGCUCGAGAUACAGCGCCUCAAAGAACAGCUCAAGUGGCAUCAAGAGCAGCUCUCCUCUACAAAGGAAGCAUCUAUUAGAAGCCAGACACCUGAACUGCCCACAGCUCACGUAGAAACCAGGCUUAAUCCAAUGGAGAGGAACAAGGAUGAGUGCAUGGAUCAGGUCUCAUGUCUGAAGCAGGAGCUGAAUCAUCUGCAGACCAAACUGGGGGAGGAGAGGAAGCUGGCCUCCCAGCACCAACUGGCCCUGCAGGCUCAGGUCAAUGAGGCUCAGGCACACGUCAAGUCCCAGGACUUAGUACUGAGCCAGAAGGCAGAGGAGGCUAAACAGAUGAAGCAGGACCUCCAGAGGGCCCAGAGCCUGUUCACCUCAGCAGAGAGAGAGCUGCGCUACGAGAAGGAGAAGAGCAUGGACAUUAAGAGACACAACACCCUGCUGGACCAGGAAAAACUCAAGCUUUGUGCAGAGCUGAAGCAGGUCCAGACCAAGCUGGUCCAGGUGGAGCAGAGUGUCCACACUCAGUCGGCUGAGUGUGAACGUCAGCAGCAGAAAAUCAGGGAACUGGAGUUGGAGCUGGCGCGGAACUGUACAAACCGCAGCGCCACCACCACUCUGCAGGAGGACCUGCAGGCUGAGAGGGCACGGCUCAUUGCUGCUGACAAGAAGGUGUUAGAGCUUCAGCAGCAGCUAAAGAGUGCCCAGCACCAGCUGCGCGUGGAGGAAGCUCGGGCCGGUGAGAGCAGCCGCCUGGAGAGGGACAGCAGGGAUCUGUCUGACACCCUGUCAGCCCUGAGAGCCAAGCAGCAGGAGGAGCACAUCACCAGGAGGCUGUUGGAGCAGCGUGAGGAGGAGCUGCAGCAGCAGGUGCGCUCCCUGAGGCUGAAGGAGGCCUCCAUGACCAGGACCAAUGCAGAGCUCAACCACCGUGUCCAGCAGUUGGAGACCCGACUGGCCAUCCUGGAGGCUGAGAUUAGCAAGGCCAGAGAGGAGGUGAGAGACAGUCAGAAAUCGAGCCACAGACUGCAGGAGGACUUGGUGGCCAGUCAGCAGGACUGUGACAGACUGCAGGGGGAGCUGCAGCAGGUUCUCCUCCAACUGGACACACACGUCAGGAAGUACAACGAAAAGCAGAGUCAGCACAAGACCAAGCUGCGCCAGGCCAAGCAGGUCUUCCUCAAGGUGACCGCACAGAGGGACCGUGUCAUCCAGAAACUGGAGAACGACCUGGUGUUGGCCUCCAGCCUUUCACACAAGGAGAAAGAGAGGAUCCACACAGUGAUGGAGGAAAAUGAGAAGCUUUUGGAGGAGAAGAGGGAGCUACUGCGGAAGAUAAGUGAGGCAGAGGAAAUGGGCAGCCAAGGCAUGAGGACGGCCUCCACAGUCCAACACAGGGUCAAUGUCUUAGAAGUGGAAAACAGGCAACUUCAGGAUCGAACGCUGAAGCUCUCCAAUCAAGUCAGUUCCUUAGAACGAGCCCUGAGAAACGUCCAGUCGUACUACAGCCUGGAGAACACCAAGAAGGCGCUCCCCUCUGAGAGUCUGUGUGAUGGCAUCCUGCACACAUCCACGUUAAGCCUGACGUCAGGUCAGUGUGACCCACUGGACAUCCUGGAUGCGAUCUGCCGCGUGAAGGUGGGCGAUCGCAUGGUAGUCGAUGGCAACCGGGCGUCCGUCUCAGCACAACACCCGUCAGAGCAGGGUUACCUGAACCUCACCUCCCCACUGUUUCCUCCAGACACCAAAGGCUCUGAGGAGAGCUCUAAUAACAGUGAGCAGGUAUGAAUUGGGAGGUUGUAGCCUGUGUUCGCAACAGCAGCGAGGAAGACUGUCGUACUACAGAAUCCGCCCACUUCCACUAGACAAAAAUCUGAAUAAAGGAGUGAUAAAAUA